AUGUCGUUUGUAGAGGAGAUCAUCCCAGCGUACUACAACAAAGAUGUCUAUUUCACAUCAUCAGUUUCGGCGCCGUCGAGAUCCAAGCACAAGUUGGCCACACAGGAGAGUAAAAACCGUAAGAGAUUAGCACCUGGCUCCUACAAUUUGGCCACCAUAGAGUCCAACGUUCACGGGACUGCGCUGACAGAGGACCUCGUGGAGGCUAAGAACUCCAUCAAGCGGUUCAACGAGCUUGAUAGGGAGAACUACAACGAGAAUGCCCGUAUAGAUCUCCCCAAGGUUGGCUUCAAAUUUGACUACCCACGGUACCCGCAGGUCAAGCAGAAGUACCCUAAAAUGAAGCAGAAGCAGAGUGCAAUGCAACACGUCAGGAAAGUGCUCACGUCUAGAAGAGGACUUGCGAAUUAUCUGGAUGAGGAUGAGAGAUUUGCAACCAUCUUGUUCAACAAAGUCAGUAGGAAGAAGAACACCAUGCUAGUUGUUGCUAACAAGAAGCUAUGCUCCAUCUGUGGUGAUAACGCUCCCGGAAGCUGUGUAAGGUGCUUUGCCAGGGUGUGCAGUGUGAAGUGCUCAUCUGUACACAACGAGACAAGAUGCCCAAACUACUAUGGCUAGGCUUGUUGAUCAAGUUGAGCAUGCCUGUCAUCGUUUAUCUUAGGACUAUACAAGAGUACUGUGUGUAUGUCUGUAUAUGGAAUACUGA